AUGGAUUUGGCCAACCACGGACUUAUUCUUCUGCAACAGUUAAACGCUCAGCGCGAGUUUGGUUUCCUGUGUGACUGCACGGUUGCGAUCGGCGAUGUGUACUUCAAGGCACACAAAUCAGUCCUUGCUUCAUUCUCCAAUUACUUUAAGAUGUUGUUUGUCCAUCAGACCAGUGAAUGUGUCCGUUUGAAGCCCACAGACAUCCAGCCGGACAUCUUCAGCUAUCUCUUACACCUGAUGUACACAGGAAAGAUGGCCCCACAGCUUAUUGACCCUGUCCGCUUGGAGCAGGGGAUCAAGUUCCUGCACGCUUACCCACUCAUCCAGGAGGCCAGCCUCGCCAGCCAAGGAGCCUUUUCUCACCCUGACCAAGUGUUUCCAUUGGCUUCCUCCUUGUAUGGCAUCCAGAUAGCUGAUCAUCAGCUAAGACAAGCCACCAAGAUUGCCCCCACCCCUGAGAAACUUGGACGAGAGCCAAGGCCCCCCACAUCCAGGGUGAGCCAGGAGCAGGUGCCUGAGGCCUCCCAGCUCUCCCAGUUAACUUCCAAUCUGACCCAGGUGACUCGGCCGAAUAUGGCCCCCUCCGACCCGCUGCAGACCUCCCUGUCUCCAGAGCUUGUUUCCACUCCUGUGCCCCCGCCUCCGCCCGGGGAGGAGACCACUAUGGAAGCCUCGUCCUCCGACGAGCAGCCGGCAACCCUGACCAUAGCCCACGUGAAGCCGAGCAUCAUGAAGAGGAACGGAAGCUUCCCCAAGUACUACGCUUGCCACCUGUGUGGACGGCGGUUUACGCUGCGCAGCAGUUUGCGAGAACACCUCCAGAUCCACACGGGGGUACCUUUCACAUCCAGCCAGCCGGGAGAAAGCCGUGUGCCCCUGUCCCUUUGCAGUAAUGCAGCCGACCUAGGAAAAGACGCCAUGGAAGUGCCUGAAGCAGGGAUCAUCAGCGACAACGAGCUGCAGCACAUCUCGGAUUCGCCGCUCAUCGACGGGCAGCAGCAGUCGGAAACCCCGCCCCCCUCGGACAUCGCGGACAUUGACAACCUGGAGCAGGCCGACCAGGAGCGGGAGGUGAAGAGGCGGAAGUACGAGUGCACGAUCUGCGGCCGCAAGUUCAUCCAGAAGAGCCACUGGAGGGAGCACAUGUACAUCCACACCGGGAAGCCUUUCAAGUGCAGCACUUGCGACAAGAGCUUCUGCAGGGCCAACCAGGCUGCCCGCCACGUGUGCCUCAACCAGAGCAUCGACACGUACACCAUGGUGGACAAGCAGACUCUGGAGCUGUGCACGUUCGAGGAGGGCAGCCAGAUGGACAACAUGUUGGUGCAGACCAACAAGCCGUACAAGUGCAACCUGUGCGACAAAACCUUCUCCACGCCCAACGAGGUGGUCAAACACUCGUGCCAAAACCAGAACUCGGACGUGUUCGCCCUGGACGAGGGGCGGUCCAUUCUCCUGGGCAGCGGGGACUCCGAAGUGACGGAGCCCGAGCACCCAGUGUUAGCGUCCAUCAAAAAGGAACAGGAAACAGUGUUAUUAGACUGA